GUUGUAGGUCCGGUAACAAACCCCGCACUCGUGCUCUGAGUCCAUCCUGCUGGCGGUCUGCGUUACCCUCCGAGUCUCAGUGCCUCAAGAGCGGUUAGUCGGACUUCCUCUGUGACGUGGAGAUGAAAGAAGCCGUGCGGCAAACUGGAAAACCAUUCAAGAAGAUGGGAGAGAGACACCCGAGAUGAGGAGGGGAGUGGUCGGUGAGGGGGGUCGGAGGCAUCAGAGUGUGGACCGAGCAAAGGGGCGAGCGCUGGUAGACGUGUGAAAGAAAAGGUGCUGCCAUGGAUCAAUUCAAAGGAGACCCCCUCUGCUAAGCAACAAUCCCCCGAUGAGUGAUCUGGGGUGUUGUUCCAUGGGAGAAACUGCAAAAAAAAAAAAAAAGUGUCAGUAAAGCAAAUAUAACACUUUGUUUUAAAAAAAGAAAAAAAGAAAAGAAAAAAAGAGCCAGCAGCUAGUUGCCGAGGGGAAACGAGGCUAAUAUGUUAAAAAACUGAAGAAUAAAAACAAGCUGUGAGGUUUAGACGUAGUAGAUGUAUUUACCUUCAAACUCAGCCUGGCUAACUUUCUCCCCCGUUUCCUUUCAUUAUGCUAAGCUAAGCUAACUGGCAGAAGCCCUCUCAUGAACGAAGUAGCAUCAAUCAUUUGUAUCUAACUCUCGGAUGGAAAACUUUUUGUCUACCAAGCUCAGCAGCUCACACUUAACCAAUGUCCUCUUUUCUUCUAUGAAGUUGGCAGACUUGCAUUAAAUGCAUUAAAAAAAAAGACUAUAAAUAGACUUUUAUUAGUCUCGGGUAAAGACAAAGCUAUACCAAGAACUUUGGGAUGAUACAUUUUACACAAGCGUCCUUCCCUAUAGACAUCUUUCAAACUCCAUGCUGUCAGUUUCUAUCACAAGCUGACUUCAAACAUUCUCUGAGUCUAAGCCGAGAUCGAUGACAUCAUCUGGGUUAUUUUCUCGAAUAACAGCUUUUUUUCAGACUGAAUAAUACUCACUAAACUUGGGAAAGUGGCCCUUUAAAAAAAAUAAUAAGUUGAGUGGAGAAAAGUGGACGUGCACACACACAUGCAGAUAGAGCGACUUAUUGCUUCCUUUUACAGAUUUUCUGAGGUUUUUUUUAACGACAUGAUCCGAGUGCGCAGGCCAGCACACACUCCAUGGGCUCGGGGUGAUCGUGAGGCGGUGGAGAGGGAAUGGUUAGACGGUGUGGUUAAACGGCUGAAUGCUAUGACUCAUGGGCUGUGGAAUCUGUUCAUAAAACUUGGAAGAAACAAAGCUUCGUCCCAGAGAGAGAGGAAGAGAGGAAGUGAGAGAGGGAGAGCAGAUCUUUGCAUUAAAAAAAAAGCCCCAUCAGCCUCUGGGGGUUCUAUUAGGCUUAGUUAAGGUUAUUUUCUCUUCACAGAUUUGACCAUCUUCUGAAGAUUCCUCCACAAGUUUCAUCUUGCCGUCACCGAGCACCCAACUCCACUCGCCCUCCCUCUCAUCCCCAUGACGGGGGGUGUUGUCCCACCUCCCCAGAAGGGGGACCCAGCUCCUCCAGAGCCGAGCCUCAGCACCACCCCUGCGGAGCCCACGGACGUGGAGUGUCCCAUCUGCUACCAGGAGUACAACCAGUACAACAAAUGCCCCCGGAUGCUGGAUUGCCUCCAUGUUUUCUGCACCGAGUGCCUCCAGAGGAUCCAGCUCUGUCCCAGUGAGCCCCUCGACCCCGGCAGCACGCCAGCCAUCCCCUGCCCCCUGUGCCGCCACCUCACCCCUCUGGAGACAGGCGAUGCCCUCUCCUUGCCCUGCAACUCCCGCAUCCUGGCCAGGCUUCCCCCCGUGGCCUUCCGCCUGCCCGUUGCCAUGGCAGCGCGCCUGGCCACCGUCACCCAGAGAGUGGUGCUCUCUCUGGAGGGCGACGGCAGAGACGCCCGCUUCAUCAUCCUGCCCACAGUCAGCCUCCGGGUGCAGCAGAUGCACCCGGAGGCCGUGCCGUGCGGGCCGUACGGCGCGGCGUCGGGCCUGGCGGGCGACGAGGAAGUCUUACAGCAGAGCAAGAAGACGCUGUUCUGCGUGCAGCUGCUGGCCGUCACCUUCUGGGUGCUGUUCGUGGUCACCUGCGUGUCCGUGGUGGUGUUCGGGCCGCACUUCUUGAAGAGGAAACUUUAAAAAAAGGAAGAGGAUUUUUCUCCUUUAAAAAAAAUAGCAGAUAUGGUUUUAGGGUGAUGAGUCACAUUUUAGAGAAAAUACAACACCGUUGUUUUCAAUUAUAUUUUAUUAAAGAUAUUUUAACCAACGUGGUCCCAACUCAAAUUAUACUUAAUGUAAGUGGUGUAUAUAUAUAUAUAUAUAUAUAUUCACCACUUACACAUCCUGACUCACUGUACUGCAUAUUUCAUUUCUUUCAUUAAUAAUAGAUUGAUGAAGAGUUCCCUCUAGUGGUUUUUCUGGUAAAUGUAAAUAUAAUAUUACACCCUAAAUAUGCUGUCUUCUCUAAGGUUUCAUGAAGUUUCACUCUCUGUGCUUGUUAUGAUGCAGCUGAAGACUGUCCUGCCAAUGCAUACUUUGAAUAAAGCUGCUUUUCGUCACAUAUAUGUAUACUGCUUAAAUGUGUUUAAAUCACCAAAGAUUUGCACGGGUAAAUAAUAGUGCUUAUUUGUUUCAUCAUAUAUGGAUUGAUGUGUCUCUUUUGUGGUGGAAAUUAAAGCAAACAUAUUUUAAACGUA